GUGAGGUUGCUGCAGCAGAGAGAGAGAGAGAGACACGCGGCGGAGGACUGUCACGCACAAAACCUCUGCGGGGAAAUAGCGUCCACUUGCUCCGUGUUUUGAAGAGAAGUGACUUCUGCGUUGUUAAUUUUUCCCUCUUUUCCUCUUUUUAAAGGAAUAUUAAGGAAUAUUUAGCGGCUGAUCCUGAAGAGCUCGACACAGGAUGACAUUUUGUCCGUCUUUAAAAACAGUCUUAUUGGUCGCUUGGAGCGCAUUGCGCACAUGAUCUUUGGAUUACCACACUACUGAAGCGAUCAUCAUGACCCGUGCUGGUGAAUGAUUUUCAACCCAGCGUCUGCUCGUUACAUGCCGCCGUCCAACAUCGAGCCCCGAUCCAGAUGAGAGAUCCCCCUAUUGGAACUGAACCGCUUUUACGCAGCCAGUCCCAAGAGCGCAGAGCCGACAGCCAAAGCGGUGAUCUGCACCGCGUCGGAGCGGAGAGACCUUCCGUUUCCACAGCCACAUCUUGUCCCUCUCCCGCGGAUCCCUCACGCCAGGCGAAAAGGCUUCCCAUCCGGAUCUUAAAGAUGUUGACGGCGCACAGCGGCCACUUGCUGCACCCGGAGUAUCUCCAACCCCUCACGUCCGCGCCAGUCAGCAUCGAACUGGAUGCCAAGAAGAGUCCUUUGGCCCUGCUGGCUCAGACAUGCUCUCAAAUUGGCAAACCCGACCCGUCCUCCUCCUCCAAGCUGGCCUCUCUCUCCUCUGGCGGUCUGGCAGACAAGGAGUCGUCCAGCCGGUCUUCCAAGUCCGGAGAGCAGCACCAUUCCCAGGAGGACAAGUCCAGCUUCAAGCCUUACUCCAAGUCUCCGGGCGACGGAGGUCGUAAGGACGUUUCUUCAACAAAGGGGCCUUUGGAUAAAACGGCGUUCAGGUUGCCAAAUGGAAGCUCCAGCAGUAGCGGCGCUGCUUCAUGUCCGUCCUUUCCUCCCCAUUCCCGGUCGCCCAGCUCCAGCUCUCCUCCCCUGCACGCUCAGAGUCAGCCGCACAGACAAAGCCAUUCCCCCUCCACGCAGCCCCCGCCACACGCCCAGACCCCGCACACGGACAACAACAAAUCCGGGAACUCAGAGCAGACCGGCUCGGACAGUAGCGGUAAAAAAGACUCAGACGCGGCUAAAUCGGGUAUGGACGGUGCUCAGUUAGCCAACUCGAGCCACAUCCGGGCCAGCUCCAACUCCAGCAACGCCAGCUCAGCGAGCAGCCCCCGGCCCGACAGCAAAGCCGACCCGCAGGCGUCCUCGCAGUCGAGCCUGAGCUCCGGGCACAUCGCCCCCGUCUCCCCUUUCAAACCGGGACAUUCCGUCUUCCCCUUGCCUCCCGCCACUAUGGGCUACCACGGUUCCAUCGUGGGGGCCUACGCCGGCUACCCCUCCCAGUUUGUUCACAGCUUGGAUCACGGCAAGUCCGGUCUGGGGUUAGGACUUCCAGGGAAGCACCCCAGCUCCAGCCCCCUCGCGGGAGCUUCCCCCCCGUCCCUGAUGCAGGGUUUGUGUCGGGACCCGUACUGUCUGACUUACCACAACGCGCCCCACUUAGGAGGGAGUAACUGCUCCACCUGCGUCCAUGAUCCCAACUCCCUCAAGUCCGGUUUCCCCCUGGUCUACCCCUCCCACCACCUCCACUCCCUGCACUCCAGCGCCUUGUCCUCCAGCAGCACCCCUUCCCUGUCACACCCGCUCUACACCUACGGGUUCAUGCUCCCCAACGAGCCGCAGCCUCACGCCUGUAACUGGGUGUCGGUCGGCGGUCCCUGCGACAAACGUUUUGCCACAUCGGAGGAGCUGCUGGCCCACCUGCGCACCCACACCUCGCUGUCCGGGAUGGUGGACAGCAAGCUGUUGUCGGCCUACCCUUCAUCAGUUUCAUCCUCGGCGUCCUGUCACCUCCACCUGGCCCCGCCCGGCAGCCCGGGCGCCCUGCCAAGCUCCUUCUCCCUCCGAGGCUCUCCCAGCCUCAGCCUGGCUCGCUACCACCCGUACAGCAAGUCCCACCUGCCCGGAGCCCACGGACUACCCAUGCCCUCCCUUCCCUCCUCCUCCGCCUACUACUCCCCCUAUGCCCUCUACAGCCAGAGACUGGGCUCGGCCUCCGCGCUCGGAUACCAGUGAUAUUAGAAAUAAGUGUUGACACCACAGACUCGGACUCUCCAGAAGCUGUCCUGAAGAUGGAUUCUUUAUAUUGGGGUCAUCACUGGUUUACCGGGCAUCAUGCCUGCUUGGCCCCCGCCUGCCAGGAGUACCACCUGUUAGCCUCAGGAUUGUGACUGGCGCCGCAGCAGCAGAGACCCUGUGAUGGAUAAUCUUUCAGCACAGAAACCAACAGACUUUAAAGACGGCGAGGAGACAGAGAGCUUGAAAAUGAUGGAAGUGUGGGAUUAUUACGACUUGACUUUUGUUUUUUUUUGUUUUUUCUUUUAUCUCUGUCUCCCAGAACUGAAAGUCUGUAUUUAUUUUUCACUCAAGCGCUUGGUAUUCGACUCUGGGGGGGGGGGAGGGGGGGAUCUUGCUGUCCAAAUAAACUGUUGAGAGUUAUUCAAAGUGAAAAGAAUGAUUUAAAGUAUAUGAAACAGUAUGCCUAUCAAACACUCUAAAAAUAAAAACCUUGCACCAAGAAGAAGACGGACUGUGAGACUUUUAUUCUGGGGACAUUUUCGAAUUAUUUUUUUUUCUUCGUCUUGUUCAGACUCUGGAGAGUUGCAUGUCCCUGAAUGAUUUUGAACGAUGCAAUUAUUUUUAUUUGUAAAUAUGCAAAGAUGUAAUAUUUUUCCAAGCUUGCUUUUUUUGGGGGGGGUUCAAGCCCCUGCAAAUGGUGCAAAGAUAAGAAGAAGAAAAAAAAAUGACAUAAAUGAAAUAAUUACUGAUGGCUGUGCUAUCCAACCAAUAAGAAAAAAGUCUUAUUUUGUUAAAUAAAUGACACUUGAUUGCA